GUCGUCUAUACUUGUUGAAUGAAACUUCAAAUUGGUUUGUUAACUAACUCUAUUCCAUAGUUUACAUUCCGACGUUGAACAAACAACACCUCCAAUAGCGUUGCUGGUGAACCUUGAAAACAUACUCAAUUUAAAUUGUAAGUCGAAAUCAUGGCUCAAUAUGAGAUAGUGAAAGAUACGAAUAAAACUAAAUUCAAAUUGUUUGGAUUUGUGAUUUUCUUAUUCAUUUUGAUUGUGGGUUAUAUUGUGUUAUUCAGAUCGGCAUCCGCAACUGGUCCACCUGAUGGUAAAACAGUGAUUUGCGUUAAAUUCAUAAGUUCACCGGAAUUGGUCAAUGAAUUUAAGACCAGUGGAAUAAACCAAACGAGCGAACGUAUAACCGAACCCGAUUUGAAUUUAUGCUCACAUCUAAUUUGCUCCGAUACUUACAUGCGACUCACAAAUGACGUGGAUUUUAUAUGGACAAAUGAAAAACGCAAACAAUACGUAGACUGUGUAAAUUCGCGCAGAUCUUAUCCACAUUUAAAAGUUUUGUACAGCGUUAGGUACACACCAUAUGGAUACCUUCAAAUAGGGAAUGAUACGAAAAAACGUAAGCAAUUCACCAGACGCGUAUUCAACAUGGUUACUCGUAAUCAUUUCGAUGGACUGAAUUUGAAUUGGCAAGACUCAAUGCAAGAAUCUUUGGCCAAUAUCGAUGCGCUUGGUGACAAAUCGGGAAUAGACUUAUUGCUAAAGGAACUAAAUGAAAAAUUUGAUUUGCUCAUCGGAACUUUUGCUUCUGAUCGAUUUUUAACAUUUAUCCCACACAAAGAACAUACAGCUCAUAAAUAUAAAGACGUACAGUAUAUCGAGCUGCCGAUCAAAUUGUAAACCGCCGUUCGAAAUUGUUCACAUUUCAGCUAUCAUGUUCGAUAUUUAAAAACAAAUCACCUCAUAAUGUUAUUUAUUAUAAUAAAUAAUUAUUUCAUGCUGUGGAACUGAAUAUUUAAAAA